AAACUGACUUCUGGCAUCGCUGCAAAUACAUUGUUUUGUAACCUUAAGUGGGAAUUUUUCUUCUAUGCGUCACAGUUAACCGUUUGCUAAUAAGAUAAGCAUUAAUGUUGGCAUUGAUUUUUUAAUGAGCAGGAUUUUCCCGCUUAAUUUAGAGACUAUUUAGAUUUCAUGUCAAACUGAUGCCUUCCGAAUUUUUCUGGAACACGUGAAAGAUCGUAGAUGUACAUGCUCUUUUAAUCUGAUAACGAGGUAGCACCAAAGCAUGGCCUAUCAAACUUUGUUCUCAUUUCUAGUGACAUAGAAAAAAAAUGUGUGAAUUUACAUUAAAUUUUCCUCUGAUGUAUAGAGUAAGGUGGGCUUCACAGGUAUUUUCGAAUGGAUUCUUACCAGAAGAAAAAUAGGGGACACAACAAUCAUUAUAGUUAUCAUUCCAAUUAUCGUGACCAUUCUACACGCAGAGAUUCGUUUGAUGGCAGCUAUGGGGAAUCUUCUAGAUCAGAUUCAGUCUCACCUAAUUCCCAAAGAAAAACAACACAGUUGACUUUUGAAUGCAGAGUUUGUUUGAACACCUAUCAGAGUAAGAGGGAACUGAAUACCCAUUUACAUGCUGCCCAACAUUUAAGGUCUCUUUCAAGAGCCAAUCUACAUGAAAAUGAUCAACAUCUUUCAAGCCGGAAACGAAUAUUUUCAGGAUUUAGUUGUAAAGUUUGUUCACACCAAUUUGAGACACAUUGUGAAUUAAGAAAACACAUUUCAGACUUAAAUCAUCAUUGGACACCAAAACGAUCAAGGGAAAUGUCAAAUCAAGACAGAAAUUCAUCUAAACAGGAAAAUUAUUCAAGGCGUCAUAGACAUCAAUCUUCCACUGAUGUAAGAUCAGACAAAUGUUUAGAUUGGCAAAAUCGAGAUCUCUUCAAUACAGAAAACGAAAGAGCUAAAUCCAGUCUUUCCUUACGGUCAUAUGGAUCUACAGACCUGAUGUUGGAUAAUCCUGUUCCCAUGAUAGAAAAGGAUGAACGUAUAUUAGCCAAUGUUACUUAUAGUUCCAGAUCGGAGAAAAUUUACGAAGUCAACGCGAAAGUACCGACGAGUUCUUCUAAUUAUGAGACAGAAAUCGAUCAUUUCUUUAUAACAAGUCCAGAUAAUUCGGUUCAGUUGCAAUCCAAAGCGUCUAUUGAAAUGUCUUCUACGUUCGAAAGUCAGAAAGGAGUUGCUGUUAUUCCGACCGAAUCGUCCACACGGACAAAAGAUCCUCGUCAGAAUGUUCUGUGUAGCGGAUCAGAUGCAGUCCGCACACAACCUAAAAUUCAAAAUAUGAAAUGGGCACCUGUCUAUUGCGAUCGUUCAAAAUCCAGUUUAGUGGAAAGGAAGAUUCCCUGGAAGCUUAUCCCUAUAGAUUUUUCGCCAGAAUGUUACAAUGGUAACCUGCACACUGAUGGUGGUACAUUGGCUCCCACAGUUCCUAGUCCUCCCGAAGAGAUUCAGGAAGUAUCGAUUGAUCAGCUGGCAGCACAAUUGAAAGAAAAUACUGGAGCGACAUUUAUACCCCAUUUGAGAAUGUCAGCCAAUGUGUCCCAUUCCAUGUUAUCUUCUGGAAAAAAUGUGUUGGCCCACUGUAAUCGGGAUGCGAUCUCUUCGCAUGUCAGUUCAACCAGUUUUCCGGAGGAGCAAGCCGUCGCCCAAUCGCCAACGCCAUCCGUAGACGAAGCCAAUUUGGUUCCAGAGCGAAAUUCCCCUAUUAACAUCUCAAAAAGCUCUAUGGAAAAGUCAGGUACAGUUAAACCCGAAGAUGAGCUCGAUUUAGAACCCUCGCACCCUGAUUCUACUUCGUUGUUACCGUCAAAGAAAUAUGAUCAAGUUGCCAACCCUAAAGAAAAUGCGAUACCUGAGCUGGACAAUUCUAUGCCGUCUACGGAGCCCAUAUCUAUUCCUCCGGCUAUAAAAGAUCAUCAAAUUGAGGCAGACAUCCUAAAAGCCUUAGAGACACUCAACCCCAUGGACGGUACCAGUGUUUUGUCAGCUUCUGUUUCAAUUCCAUCUUGCUCAUCCAAAGUAGUUAUUUCGAAUACUAAUAACGCGGAAACCUCCCAAUGUACCGUACCUGUUCUAAGAGGUGACAUCGAUCCUGUGUUACCAGGCAAUAAUUUAAUUUCUAUCCCCUCCAUUGAGAUGCGUUAUGCCGGUCCGGUUGCAUUGUGCGCAGAACCCACCAAAAAAAUGGAGUAUAGCUUAUAUUAUUCUGAUAACUCGUCUUCUUGCGAAACAGUAGAGGAGCCAGUUACGAUAGAAGAAUUGGUUGACUCGUGUCCUUGUUGCCAAUCUGUGCUCGAUAUUGGUUGCUUAAACAUUGAUUUGAACACUGGCAACGCAUCAGUGCAUUGUAUCAAAUGCAGUGUACAUAUAGUCAUGAGAAAUGCUUUCAUAAAAAUGAGAUGAACUCCACAUUACCUUCAUACCCUCACUGUUUUCCACCCCAAUGUUUUAUAAUCAAAUGUUGUCCGCUGCAUAUAUUUGUUUC